CCGCCACAGAACACACUUGGGUAUCAACAAACGUUUAUGAGGAUUUGCCUCCAUUCGCCAUUCAUGCCGGUAAUGACUCAGAUGGUGAUGACAUCUAUGUUGGACGUGCCUAUCACAAUGGUGAUUUGUUGCCAUGCAAAGUGAUUCCCAACAAGAAGCAGGCCUACGUUGCCUGGGGCGGUGAGGAGCACAACAAACAUGAUGUUGAAAUUCUAACAGGUCAUCAUUAUGUGUGGAUGCCCGCCAGCUAUGGCUCUGUACCACCUCAUGCAUUGCGUGUUGGCACUACCAGUGAUGGUGAACCUUUGUAUGUGGGUCGUGGUCAUCAUUGCGGCAGUUUGACACCCGGCAAAGUCCAUCCCUCUCAUGGCUGUUUGUACAUCCCCUAUGGUGGUGCUGAAGUCAAAUUGGAACACUACGAAGUUUUGGUCCAACCUGAAACCUGGAUUUCCUCUUGCGGCACUGACAUUUUGCCCGGCACCGUUCAUGGUGGUACCGACUGCGAUGGCCAGGAUAUCUAUGUUGGCCGUGCCUAUCACAAUGGUGAUCUUUUGCCCGCUAAAGUUAUUCCCGGCAAGGGUUGUGCCUAUGUGGCCUACGGUGGUUGCGAACAUGUGAAGCAAGACUUUGAAUUGUUGGUCGGCUAUGGUUACGGAUGGGUACCAGAUUCCAAUGGCGGUGUUCCACCCGGUGCUGUUGUCUGUGGCCGCACUUCUGAUGGUGAACCUUUGUACAUUGGUCGUGGUCACUGGAGCGGCAGCUUGACACCCGGUAAAGUCCAUCCUUCUCAUGGCUGUCUGUACAUUCCAUUCGGUGGUCAAGAGGUGCGUCUUGACAACUAUGAAGUUUUAGUCAGAUCUUAA